UCGCGUUUGCCUCAGUCUGUACGGUGGAAAGAAGGGGGAGAGAAUGGGGGGAGAACUGCUGCCGUUUCAUUAAGCGCUCUAUGUCAUUUUAAACCCUAAAUAACAUAUAAAUUCGGGUUUUUUAUGCGGACCGCUUCCUUCGUGUUUUCUCAUAUCUGUUUAUCGCGCGUUAAUUAACUGAGGGGCCGCUCUUCCGGGAAUGAAGACCCGUCCAAGAUGGCGCGCACGGGUCGCGCGCUGGGCUUCCUCGCGUUCUGCCUCGCGCUGCUCGUGCUGUCCUUCAUCAGCUACGUUUCCAUCAAGAGAAACUACGUCUUCGCGGGGCCCAAGUACGCGCACGCGAGCGGCACGAGGACGUAUGUGUCACACGGGGGAUUUCGAACACAGUUGUCCAUGAAGUUCCUCGAUCAAUCCUUCAUCCCACUAACCAGCACCCUGACUGAGGAAAUGCAAGAGAAGGCUGCUCAGUGGAAGUUCAACAGGACAGCGUUUACACAGCAAAGGGACGAAAUUUCUCACUACAUUGAUGUGACCGGUAAUUUUUCCCUUACCAAGAAUGGUGUACAGGUUGGCCAGCUGAUGCACUAUGACUACUCCAGCCACAAGUAUGUCUUUGCCAUCAGCAAUAACUUUAAGUCUCUACUACCUGUAACCUCACCGAUUCAGAACAAGCACUACAACACUUGUGCAGUGGUGGGCAACAGUGGUAUUCUCACAAGCAGCCACUGUGGGCAUGAGAUCGACAGAUUUGACUUUGUUUUUCGCUGCAACUUUGCCCCAACUGAGCUGUUUCACAAAGAUGUCGGACACAAGACCAACAUAACCACCUUCAAUCCCAGCAUCCUGGAGAAGUACUACAAUAACUUGCUCACCAUCCAGGACCGAAAUAAUUUCUUCCUUAGUUUGAAGAAGCUGGAUGGGGCAAUUUUGUGGAUCCCUGCUUUCUUCUUCCACACAUCUGCUACAGUUACACGGACAUUGGUCGACUUCUUUGUGGAGCACAAGGGCCAGCUCAAGGUUCAGCUUGCAUGGCCAGGCAAUAUCAUGAAGUUUUUCAACAGGUACUGGAAGACCAAACAGCUAUCUCCCAAACGCCUGAGCACAGGGAUUCUCAUGUACACAUUGGCUUCGGUCAUGUGCGAAGAGAUCCAUCUCUAUGGCUUUUGGCCCUUUGCAUGGGACCCCAUCUCUGGAAAGGGACUGCCGUACCACUACUACGACAAGAAGGGGACUAAGUUCACGACAAAAUGGCAGGAGUCCCACCAGCUGCCCGCUGAGUUCAAGCUCUUGCACUCGCUGCACAUGGAAGGUGUGGUUCAGCUGAACCUCUCGCCCUGUGCAUAGGAAAGCUCGGGUAGCUUCAUGUGGCCCAUCUGGUGGUAUCAGACCUGGGUGAGUUCCAGAGAACCUGCUGCUGUGCCAUACGCUCCGCAAAGCCAACCCAGCUGCAGCCAACCUGAAGGGAACUGCUCUGUCAUAGUCUAUCCAGACAACGGCUUCCUUUAUCUAGUGGCAAUACGACCUGCAGUAGCGGCUAAUUGUAAAAUGUGCCUGAAAAUUUAAGUACCGGUCAAUACAGGAUGUCAGACUGAGGAACAGGUUGAAUAUAUUUGGGAUGGUGUAAAACAAUGUGAUAUUGUUUACUACGUAGAAGGAUGUAGGUGCCUAUGUCUUAGAAUGGUUUGCUAAUUUAGUACUCUCUUUUAGACUAAGAUUGGAUACCUUACAACAUCCAGUAAACUUUAAAUUUGCUUCAAAAUGGCACGUGACGAGAAUUAAGUAAUGAUUCAUAUUUUAAGAAGAGCUUUGAAGUGAAAUUCUCAAGCAGAGCUUUGGAUCCAAUUCUCUUAGCUUUAGAUCUUUAGAAAACACUAUACCCUGUUA